UGUCAAUGACGUGUUUCUAAGUUUUUCAUUGCACGUGAGUCGGCUGACAAAAAGAACAAGCAAACUGCAUGUGUUUUUAUAACACAGUAUAAAACUGGCUAAAACAUCUGAUGAACUCAACAGUUGGGAUUUAACAUUAAUUUAAUUAAUUCCAAUCAUAUUGUGUUUGAAGAAAACGAUUUUAACCUAUUGAUUGAUGACUGUGAUUAGAUUUAAUGACAACGAGUGGCAUACAACAUGCGUCAUUAUUCAACUGAUUGCGUUUUCUAAACCUGAACCUAUUGAAGACUGACUGGAUGGUCUUGACGCCAGUCUGGCUAAAAUGGACAAAUCUGUUGUACAGAUUAUGUUCGUUGUAAUAAUAGGUAUUCAACAAAUGAUUUUGUGCUGCAAAGUGCCAAAAGGCUGUGAUAGGAUACUCCAACAAAAGAUUAUAACUGACCAACAAAAAGAUAAAAUGAAAGUCUGCAGAUUGUUGCCAAAACAACUGAAGUGCAUCGGGAGAAUGUCGGGCAAUUGCUGGGAACUUAUGUCUCCAGAGACCAGCAUGGAGGAGUACAUUCAAAAAUUAAACAACUUCUGUGGUGAAGUUGACAACAGGCAAGGAUCUGAGCUUCACAACACUGCUGUAGUGCCUCACACAUUAAUACAUGACUCUCUUGUUGUACUGACGAUAUCUACGGUUUUUUACUGCUUGCUCUAGCAAGUAAACUACUCAACUACUUGGCUCAAUCUAUUCAAGAGAAGUUUAUACACACACAAAACUGUUGCCAGCGCAUAGUCAGAAAAAACAACGAAUGCAUAUUUAACAUUAUACUUCAAACUUGUUUUUUCAUGACA